AUGUGGGCAGUUUGCAGAAUCUGUGGAGAAAGGAAAAAAUCAGGUGGCAAUGCUGGAACCUCACACCUAAAAAGGCAUACAAAUAGCUGUUUGAAGAAGCGCAAGACCGAUAAUUCACAGACCACAAUAGUUGUAAAUGGUCAAGGUAAAAUUGCUACCUUUAAUUUCAACCAGGCUAGAGCUAGGAAAAAUGUCAUUAAGCUAAUUAUUUUAAGAGAGCUCCCUUUCCAAUUCGUUGAAGAUCCUAUUUUCCAAUGGUUCAUCAAUGCUAGUUUUCAUCCUGGUUUCGUUAAGUUUUCUCGUAAUACUUUGAGGACUGAUAUAUAUAAGUGUUAUCUAGAGGGAAAACAACAGUUGAAGAGAAUUCUUCUUGAUAGUCCUGGAAGGAUUUCAUUGACAUCCGAUAUUUGGCUCUCAAAACAGAGAUUGAGUUACUUGGGUAUUACUGCACAUUUCAUUGACAAGAAUUGGGUGCUGCAAAAAAGAAUAAUAACUUAUGCUUUAAUCGACACAUCUCAUACUGGUGAGAAUAUAGCUGAAUUCAUUUUUCGCAAGCUUGUUCAUGAUUGGAGUAUUUCAGAAAAAUUGUUUUCUUUAGAUAUGGAUAAUGCUAGUGCAAACACUGUCUCAGUUUCUAGAUUGAAAAAAUUAUUUCCUAACCUUCCUUCUAAGGGAGAUUUAUUUCAUGUUAGGUGUUGUUUUCAUAUCCUGAACUUAGUAGUCCAUGAUGGAUUAAAAGUUCAGGGGUUUACUGAGAUGCUUGAACAUGUUAAGGGUAGCUUGAAGUAUAUUUUUGUGUCUGGUACAAGGUGUACACAGUUCCGGUUAUUGUGUGAUGAUAUGGGUGUUAGGUCUAAAAAAUUGCAGCUUGAUGUAAAACAUAGGUGGAACUCCACUUAUCUUAUGUUGAAAGAUGCAAUUCCCUACCGUCAAGUGCUGUCGGCCUUCCUUGAUGAUAGGUCAUGUCCUCAUGUUAUUGAUGAUACUGAUUGGGAACACGCUGAAGUGUUAUGUGCAUUUUUGAAGCCUUUCUAUGAUGCCACUAAUUAUUUUUCAGGAGUUCAUUAUGUGACUAGUAACUCAGUUCUUCAAUAUUUAUAUGAAAUUGGUAACUACAGUUUCCAGUGGUCCGCCGACUUCAACAGGUACUUCAGAGACUUCUGCUGGUCCAAUGCAUUCAGGCUCUUCAACCGAGGUCUCCUCCACUUCAUCUGGAAGCGCUUCUGGGCAUCUCGCAAUCGGAAAAAAAGAGACCCUCUUGCUACAUCAUCAGAAGAACUAAAGAGGUAUUAUGCUGAGCCUGAACCUGCUUUGGCUGAUAUCGAGAACUUUGACGUGUUAGAUUGGUGGAAAAGCAAUGAAAAGAGGUACCCAGUACUUUCUUGUGUCGCUCGUGAUGUUCUAGCAGUUCAAGCAUCUACAGUUGCCUCCGAGUCUGCCUUCUCUCUCGGGAAACGUAUACUAGGUGAUUACCGAAGUAGUUUAACUCCGGAUAUGUUAGAGUGUUCAGUCGUUAUAAAAGAUUGGUGGAAGGCUGACAUGAAAGAUAUUUUUAAGCCGAUUGAUCCUUUGAAUGAUGAUAUUACUCCAGCAGAUGAACUUGAACGUUUGGCCACUUAA